AUGAGCGUGCCGCCUUCAAGCGCUCCUCCUAUUCCUCCCACAACCUUCCAAACACCAAAUGGAUCGAAUAAUGCAUCACCCAAAGAUCUUCGGGACUUUCUCAAAUCUUUAAAUGAUGACAAUCCACCAUUAGUACUAGACAAAUCACUUUGGCUACGCCUGAUUGCAAGCCUCCUCGAGCAAGUCUUUGGUUGCUUUCCUUAUUUCAAGCCAACAAUGCUAGGCACCACCAACGAGCGCAUCGAGCUCACAGACGUCACGCUCGAUGUCUUUUCACGUGUUGGAAAAAGGGCUGACUCGCUUGACUGGCUUUAUUCCGAUGAGGAACAUCUAUCCAAAAAAGUAUUUGUGCACCUUUUGGGCCUUUGCACUUCAACAGAAUCAUGGAUGGAAGUCACCGAUUCAGGCGAUUCAGGCGGUGCAUCUAACACGCUCUAUUCCAAGGCUUGCGGAACUCUCGUUGAUUUCUUACAACUUUUGUCAUUUUCAAGUGUUCCAGGAGGAGACUCUAGUGAUCUACAAAGGGGAGUCCUGCAGGACAUUUUGUAUGAAGCGACAAACUUGUGCACUAGUGAGUCUAAUUGA